CGCUCGGGACACGUAGGCGUCCGCGUAAGAUGCCGGCCGGCGCGCGCUACCGCCGCCAAGAUGGCGUCCAUGCGGGAGAGCGACACCGGCCUGUGGCUGCACAACAAGCUGGGCGCCACGGACGAGUUGUGGGCGCCGCCCAGCAUCGCGUCCCUGCUCACCGCGGCGGUCAUCGACAACAUCCGCCUCUGCUUCCACCGCCUCUCAUCGGCUGUGAAGCUCAAGCUGCUGCUCGGGACGCUGCAUCUUCCGCGCCGCACGGUGGACGAGAUGAAGGGCGCUCUGAUGGAUAUUAUCCAACUGGCUACCCUGGACUCAGAUCCCUGGGUCCUCAUGGUUGCUGACAUUCUGAAAUCCUUUCCUGACACGGGUUCACUGAAUCUAGACCUCGAGGAGCAGAACCCCAAUGUUCAAGACAUCUUAGGAGAACUUAGAGAAAAAGUGGGCGAGUGCGAGGCAUCUGCCAUGCUGCCACUGGAAUGCCAGUACCUGAACAAGAGUGCCCUGACCACCCUCGCUGGGCCCCUCACCCCACCGGUGAAGCAUUUUCAGCUGAAGCGGAAACCCAAGAGCGCCACCCUGCGGGCAGAGCUGCUGCAGAAGUCCACUGAGACAGCCCAGCAGCUGAAGAGAAGCACCGGGGUGCCAUUCCAUGCCAAGGGCCGGGGGCUGCUCCGCAAGAUGGAUACUACAACCCCUCUCAAAGGCAUCCCGAAGCAAGCCCCCUUCAGAAGUCCCACCACACCCAGCGUCUUCAGCCCCUCUGGGAACCGGACCCCAAUACCGCCUUCGAGGACACCACUGCAGAAAGAAAGGGGUGUAAAGCUGCUGGAUAUUUCUGAGCUGAAUACAGUUGGUGCUGGCCGAGAGGCAAAGAGGAGGAGGAAGACUUUAGACACAGAGGUGGUGGAAAAGCCCACCAAGGAAGAGACCGUUGUUGAAAAUGCCACCCCUGACUAUGCUGCUGGCCUGGUGUCCACACAGAAACUUGGGUCUUUGAAUAGCGAGCCAGCACUUCCCUCCACAAGUUACCUGCCCUCUACCCCCAGUGUGGUACCGGCCUCCUCUUACAUCCCCAGCUCUGAGACGCCUCCAGCCCCUCCUUCCCGGGAAGCCAGCCGACCACCUGAGGAGCCCAGUGCCCCAAGCCCUACACUGCCAGCUCAGUUUAAACAAAGGGCGCCUAUGUAUAACAGUGGCCUGAGCCCAGCUACGCCAACACCUGCAGCACCUACCUCACCUCUGACACCUACUACUCCCCCAGCUGCCACUCCCACUGCUCAGACAUCCCCAGUGACCAUGGUGGCCCCACAGACCCAGGCACCUGCCCCUGUUCAGCAGCAACCCAAGAAGAACCUGUCCCUCACGAGAGAACAUAUGUUUGCUGCCCGAGAGAUGUUCAAGACGGCAAACAAGGUCACGCGGCCAGAGAAGGCCCUCAUCCUGGGCUUCAUGGCUGGCUCUCGAGAGAACCCAUGCCCGGAGCAGGGGGAUGUGAUCCAGAUCAAGCUCAGCGAGCACACAGAGGAUCUGCCCAAGGCAGACGGCCAGGGCAGUACCACCAUGCUAGUGGACACAGUGUUCGAGAUGAACUACGCCACAGGCCAGUGGACACGCUUCAAGAAGUACAAGCCCAUGACCAAUGUGUCCUAAGUGCCAUCUCUGCUGCUGACCUCAUCAGGCCAGAAGACAAGUUUUGCUGGCUAUUCUGAGUGACCCGAGUAGAUACCCAAGGAUGUGCUCUACCCAGCACCUGCCAUGUACAGGCUCCUGGGCCCCAGGCUGUUUUAAGUUUUAGAUCAUUUCUCUGGGGAGUGUAGACUUUUUUUUUUUUUUUUAAUUAUAAUGGGUUAGUUUUUGUGUGAUUAAGAUACUUUUUUUUUUAGGUUCAGUAUUAAUAUUUUAAUGCUAAACCAAAAAAGUUCAUUUUAGUGCCUGUUAAGACUUUUACCUUUAUUUUUUCUUCUAAAAAACUGCACUAGCUGAGAGGACUUUCUUUGCUUGUGCAUGCCCUCCCUCAUGAGGCUGAGGGGACCAAAGGUGACACCCGACCGGCUAGGCUGUGAGGGGGGCUAUGACCAGCCUCAGUGCUACUGCCUGCCAGGGAUUUGUGUGUGUUUUUUGUACAGUUGUAAACAUUUCAAACCUGUCUCUGGGUACCUAUUUUCACUGUCAAAUGAUGUGAGUAUUAAAGUUUAGUUUUUCUAAAGAAAGCCCACAGAGCUGUGUUUCAAGCUAGCUUGACUCCCUGCUCUGGGACCAAACCCCUCCCUCUACAACUGUCAGGACCCCAGGGGAGGAGAGGCAGGGCUGGGAGAUAACCAGACUACCUGAAAACAGGUAGGUAAUGUCCAUGGCACCCGUGGGGUGUUCACUCUGUAGAGUGAGGCCACAGUCACAGGCAGCAACCGGGAAAGUCAAGGCCACAGCUACAGCACUGAGAAAUGGGCCUAAGCCUGCUGCCCAGAAUUCGUAGCACCCAGGAAGUUGGUGGAUUCAAACACAGUUCCAUAUAAAAAAAAGUAUAAGAAAAAGGCCUUUAAAGUUUUUUAAUAAAAAAAUACUCAAUACAGUUUUCCAAACACAA